AUGGUUGGACUUCCAAGAAGUCCUGCGACUUCCAUAACCGUAGGAGCUGGAGUGCCAACGCUUUUAUGCGUUGCUGGGAUGUUGUGUUUCAUUUUUGGCAGAGUUAAGUCUUAUGGUCGGAGGAGGGGCCACUCUAUUCCAGAAUACACCUCCACCUCCACCUCCACCUCCACCUCCACCUCCAUGGUUGCUCCACAGCCCACUGCAGUACGUGGCGGCCUCGAUGAGCCCACCAUAGAAUACUAUCAGAUAACAGUCCUAGGUGAGAGCCGGCGACUUCCAAAACCAGACCACAACACAUGCCCAAUAUGUUUGUCUGAGUACAGGGCCAAGGAGACGCUAAGAAGCAUCCCUCAAUGUCAACAUUGCUUCCAUGCUGCCUGCAUCGAUGAAUGGCUUCGCGUCAAUGCUUCGUGUCCGCAAUUCUCUCCACCUCUCAUCACCGGCUACGGCAUUCUAGUGUUUUCAUUUGUUUUUUUUUAUUUAUUCAAUCUUUGCAUAGGUGGGUGACUGG